GGCGGGGUACGUCGGACGUUCGGAGCGUAGCGGCGACGUUGUCGAGCCGGGGGUGAAGUGUGGAGCGCGGCGACCCGUGUGAGUGCCCGAGGAACGGCCUCGCCGUGGGAGUCAACAGGAAGCAGCAUGGUGUAAGGAGCCAGAGCCACUGUUGGAAAAGGGACGAUCAAGGCCAACAGGCAAUUUUGGGGAUAUCGAAACGUCUGAAUUUUUGAUGUCUGUCUCCAGUUUUUGGUGUGGAUGCAAAACUAAUCCUCCUUCUGUUGUGGUGGUGCUGACCUCUGACCUGUAGCUCUCAUGUCUGUGCCUGUUAUGGACAAACACAAAGUAAAGCGAGCACGUCUUGAUCGUAUAUGUGAAGGCAUUCGUCCUCCCAUUUUAAAUGGCCCGAUGCACCCACGCCCAUUAGUGGCGCUGUUGGAUGGCCGCGAUUGCACUGUGGAGAUGCCAGUCCUAAAAGAUGUGGCAACGGUGGCCUUCUGUGAUGCACAGUCUACUCAGGAGAUACACGAGAAGGUACUGAAUGAAGCAGUGGGUGCUCUAAUGUACCAUACCAUUACGUUAACACGAGAAGACCUUGAGAAAUUCAAAGCACUUCGAAUUAUUGUCAGGAUCGGCAGCGGUUAUGACAAUGUUGACAUCAAAUCUGCAGCUGAUUUGGGGAUUGCAGUGUGUAACAUUCCCGCUUCAUCAGUGGAAGAGACGGCAGACUCCGCGCUGUGUCACAUAUUAAACCUCUACAGACGGUCAACCUGGCUCCAUCAGGCCUUGAGAGAGGGGACAAGAGUAUCGAGUGUUGAACAGAUCCGCGAGGUAGCAGCCGGAGCAGCUCGGAUCCGUGGAGAAACUCUGGGCAUCAUUGGACUGGGCCGCAUUGGUCAGGCAGUAGCUUUGCGGGCAAAAACAUUUGGAUUCAACGUGAUCUUCUAUGAUCCGUACCUGCCAGAUGGAGUGGAGAAGUCACUUGGACUGCAGAGAAUUAGCACCUUACAGGAUUUGCUGGUUCACAGUGACUGUGUGACCUUGCACUGCAGCCUAAACGAGCACAAUCAUCACCUCAUCAAUGACUUCACCAUCAAACAGAUGCGUCAGGGAGCAUUCCUAGUGAACACUGCACGAGGAGGGCUGGUGGAUGAGAAAGCAUUGGCACAGGCACUGAAAGAUGGCCGGAUACGAGGGGCAGCUUUGGAUGUUCACGAAUCUGAACCUUUCAGCUUUAGUCAAGGGCCCUUGAAGGAUGCACCAAAUCUCAUUUGCACCCCACACACAGCAUGGUAUAGUGAGCAGGCUUCAAUCGAAGUACGAGAAGAGGCAGCUAGAGAAAUCCGAAGAGCUAUUACAGGGAGGAUUCCAGAUACCUUGAAAAACUGUGUGAACAAAGAGUAUCUUGCCACAGCUUCACAAUGGACUGGCAUCGACCCUGUAGCUGUACAUCCUGAGCUGAAUGGAGCUGCUUACAGAUUCCCAAGUGGAGUGGUCGGGGUAACGGCAGCAGGCAUCCCUGCAGCAGCGGUCGAAGGAAUUGUAACAGGUGCCAUCCCUAUGCAACACGGGAUGCCUUCGGUAGCACAUCCUUCGCAUACACCAUCCCCAAGCCAGACAGUCAAAGCAGAACCAGACAGAGAUAUCCCUGCUGACCAAUAGCAGCUUUCAAAAGAAAAGAAAUGGCAUUCCUCACCUUUUUGACCUUUUAACCUUCUGUCAGGAAGCAGCCCGAAAGUUCGCAGCAAAAAAGAAAAAUAACUGGGACUACAAAGUGCAGUUAAAUGAAGCGUGGAGUCUUACUGCAUUUCCAAUUGACGUCUGUAAUUCUGUGACCUUGUAUGAAAAGGAAAGAAACCUUGUAGUACCUCAAGUCAGCCAUGAAUGUACUCUGUCUGUGUACAGUUUUGUAGAAGCCACAGAUUUGUUUAGCUGUGAAUAUACUUUUUAAAAAGAAAAAGUGAAAAUAUACAAUACUUCCUACUUUUGCAUAUGGAGAUGCUUUGUCAGUGCACAGAAUUCUCAGGCGAAAAAAAAUCAUGAUUUUUCUUGUCUUAUUUUUACUUGGCAACUUGCACCAGGUCCCCUCAGCAUCUUUAUUACAGUGGCUAUGGAGGUUCCAGCAACCACAGUCAGAUAACUGGUCUCCCAAUUACAGUAUUUGGUGGAAAAUACAAUGAAAUAGUAGACAGAAAAUGUGAUUGCUCUCUUACACAUUUUCCUUGUAUCCCAUCAAAUUAAAAGAAAAAGAACAAUGCUUCUGAUGUUCUUGGUCCAGUCUCCGAGAAGUUCAUUUACUGUUGAUAUCUGCCAUAUCUACUUGUUUAUGCAAUUCAAAAAGACUACAGGGCAGUCUGACUCAAUUUUGCUGUCCCUGUUGUCAUUUGUUUUUCUAGCAUCAAUUUAUUCAUACUUUUGCCUCUUUUUUUCCCCUUCCAUUUCACGCUCCCCUCUCAUUUGCUUUCUCUCCCCCACCUUCAAAUUAUUUUCUCCCUCAACCCCUCCCAUCUCCCCAAAAUGGUCUGGAUGAGAAAUGGUUUUAACUUAAUAUGCAGCACAUGGGCUUUACUUGGCUUGUUGCAUGGAGCACUAGUAGUAAGUGUGGAUUGGGUAACUGCUCUGGCCAGUUGGCUUUUCUCCUUUAUCUAAUUUUUAAAAGCAGUUGGCUUUUUAGGAUUUGUUUCUACAAGCAUUAAAUAUGUUGGCACUCACCAGUGUCCCAAUACAACUUUGCAUCAAGUGCACCUGAAGGGACUUGAAGCAACAGUAUUAUAUUUGCACCAUAAUUUUCACAAAUGAAUUUUGACAUUCAAAACAAAACAUACCCAAGGUUAUUUUUGGUUUAGAAUGAGAAUUUUUGUCAAUUGUAAUGUGAAAUAGAAACCAGGUUAGGAAUUCAAACAGAAUCAUUUUGUUGUGCUGUUAUGGCCAUUGAAACUGUGAGUCCCAGCACCAAUUGUUAAAUAAGUUUUUAAUCUUUCAUGCCUUCUUGCUCCCUGAUCAUAUAUUUUUUGUUAGAAACAAUCAUGUUUGUGGCUGUAAUCAUUGGUAUGAGAUAUUUUAAUAAAACCAACAAAAAUAACUCUGAAA